AGUGUUUGGCGACGGACGCACUAUUCCGGGUGCUCUCUGCUCAAUUUCUCUGUCGGCUAUGUUCCCUAGGGUCUCGACGUUCCUGCCUCUUCGCCCCCUCACCCGCCUCCCUUUGUCCUGUGGAAGCCCGGAGGCAUCUGCGAUUGCGGUCGUGCUGCUCGCUGCUCCGCCCGGAACGGUUAGGGCAAAAACUCAUAUCCAAAGAUAUUUCAGCACGAAUAAUGUAGCCAACAGCAAAAAAGAUGAAAAGUCUGUUUCCAGCGACGAGAUUUCCAAGACGAAUUCAGAGAGCUCUGACAGAACAAAGGAGAACACGAAAAAAGACUUGUUGGAUAUUAUUAAGGAUAUGAAAGUUGAAUUAAGCACAGUGAACGUACAGACAACAAAACCACCCAACCGAAGGCUUCUGGAAGGUGAGGAGGCUGUAAUUGGCAAGCUUCAAAGAGCUAAAAAGGAUGGCCCAAAGAAGAGAGAUAAGCCUCUGAGUCCUGAGUUGGUGGCAGCUGCGACUGCUGUGGCAGAUUCUCUCCCUUUUGACAAGCAGAAGACCAAGUCAGACCUGCUCAGGCAGCUCCAGCAGCAUGAGGAAGCCUCGUGGGCACAGAAGGACCGACAGAGGCCUAAAAUUAGUUUCAGGAACAUAAUUUCAGAUAUGAAAGUUGCCAGACCUGCUACAGCUAGAGUUCAUAUAAGACCAGAGCAUCAGAUUCAGUUUGACGAAGGAUCUGACAGUUCCCUUGACCAGAAGACUACUGAUCUUAGAAAAAGUAUUAGAAAAAAUUUAUUCAAGGGGAAGAGGCUUAAUAUUUUUGACUCUAAGACACUUACUGAAGAAGCACCUGAAGCAGGUUUGUUAAGAAAAGAAUAACACUAUUUCUCGUUU